CGGAUAUUCUAGCGUUAACUUUAGAUAGACACGCCUUUUCUCUUGGCUCAUUGACGAUCUACGAGAAUCCCCACUCAAAAUCCCUUCUCGUCGGCUGAUUAGCUACAGUUGCAGUCUUGUCGGUCCGACGACAUCAGCAAACCGAAGCGGCUGGGGCGUAAUCUGGGGGUCUAGAGAGCUCGGCUGAAUUACCUACUUAUUAGGCAAAACCCGGGCUCGACCAUUUGUCGUCGCCUCAUUUUUCUUCAUUUUUAUAUCUUUUCGACAUUCCUUCGACGCUUCAUGACUGCAAUUGAGAAGUAUAAAGUGACGACGGAGGCGAAAACGUACUUGGGCACUCCGAAAAGAACUACAAUGACGGUCAAGAACACUACACCCCGCCCUCGAUGGCAUCCUUCGCCGACAUACCACCUCAAGGCACCUCGAGGUUGGAUCAAUGAUCCGUGCGCACCGGGAUAUGACGCCUCAACUGGCACAUACCACCUAUCUUAUCAAUGGAACCCCAAAUCCUGCGAUUGGGGUGACAUCACUUGGGGUCAUUACACAAGCAGAGACGGUCUUACUUGGAAGCAAAACACACAAAAUCCAGUCCUAGAACCCUCUGAGCCUUACGAUGACAAGGGCAUCUUCACUGGCUGUCUUCACCCUACAGGUCUUCAAGGAGAAGAAGGCCAACUCACUGUUAUCUACUCAUCCAUCACAAAUCUUCCCAUCCACUGGACUCUGCCGUACACUCGAAAUUGCGCUGGACUGUCAGUAGCAACAUCGACAGACGGUGGUAAGACAUGGCAGAAGAGUGAACAGAACCCAAUCUUGGAGGGUGAACCCGAAGAUCUCACCGUCACAGGGUUCAGAGACCCAUAUCUUGCAGAAUGGCCUGCUUUGGAUGAAAUGAGAGGCGAGGCAAGCUUGUAUGGCUUUGUUUCUGGAGGUGUUGUCGACGGCGGACCUACAGUGUUUCUCUACGCGAUCUCACCGACCGAUUUGACACAGUGGACAUACCUCGGCCCUUUGAUCGAUUUACCCACAGGAUUCAGCCCCUCCGGACGAUGGGGCGGCGACUUCGGUGUCAAUUGGGAAUGCGUCAACUUCAUGACUCUUCACAACGAGUCCGAGGAGCGGCCUUUCUUGCUUAUGGGAACUGAAGGAGGAGUUAAACCUGGUGCUAAGGAGGGUCGUGAUCAGUGGUCGCUUUGGAUGGCUGGGUCUCUUGAGCAGACCGAACAAGGACCCAGGAUAAAGCCCGAGUACAGCGGAAUCCUCGACCACGGAUGUUUAUACGCACCUAACUCUUACGAGCAUCCUAUCACGAAGAACAGGAUCGUCUGGGGAUGGUUGAAGGAGGACGAGCUUACAUUGGCCCGACGCGAAUCCAAGGGUUGGACCGGAUACUUCUCUAUCCCUCGCGAGCUAUUUUUAUACACGGUUGAAAACGUAACGAGGACUCUUACUUCGUCAUUGGCAGAGGUUGGUUGCAUUAAGGCUACCGAGAAUGGAAGGGGGUCAAAGACGGUUCAAACACUGGGAAUUCGGCCACUGCCAGAUCUGCAAGGACUUAGACGAGACAAGCCUGGUUACUGGAAAAACAUCGACAGCGACGCCAAUCUUGGAAAGCUUGCCGACACACAUACCGGAAGCUGGGAGCUAGAAGCUACAAUCAAGGUCUCACCAAACGACCAAGGCCUUGGAUUCUGGAUUCGACAUAACGAAGACUUGUCCCAAGGAACAGCCAUUCACUUCUCUUCUCAAAGCGAGAAGAUCACCGUCGAACGAAGCAAAUCCAACUACGAAGCCGAUGUCGAAAAGGAUGCUGUUUCCGGCCCUUUCACUCUCUUCUACUCAGACAGGAACGGCUCAGAGGAGUUGGAAAAACUUCAUUUGAGAAUCUUUUGCGACGGCGACGUUCUCGAGGUCUUUGCCAAUGAUCGCUUCGCGUUGUCGACUAUGGUUUAUGCGGAUACUGGAGAUUGCACGGGUUUGAGCUGGUUUGUUGAAGGACCAGGAGCAAGCGAAACUGUUUUUGAAUCUGUUAAGUUAUGGGAGAACAUGAAGGAGGUUGUUGAGGUUGAUGAACCUGUUAUUUAUGAACGAAGUCAGCUGUGAUGAACAGCUACUGACGUAUCGGCGCAUGGAGUUACCAUUAUCGGGUUUAUGAUAGUCGAAAAGCCAUCAAUUGAACUUCUUUCCAUCGAAUAUCUUCUUCCUUAUCUUUGUCGCUACCCAUGCCCACCAUUUAGGGUUUGCGGGGUGGUCACUGCUUUCCGCUCACCCAUUGCUUCCCACUAGUGAAUUGUUUCAAGCACUACACAGUAGCAUUUGUGAUGAGGAU